AUAUGUUUUUGUGAUUCUUGUAUGUUCACAUCACAUAUUCAUAUAUGCCUUUCUUCGUUCUUCCCUUUGUGCUUUUCUCAUCGCUCCACGCCUUCUUCUUCCUCGGAUCGGAUCGAUUACGGACGCAAAGGGAUCAUCAUGUUCUGCUGCUGCGUCUCCAAGAACAAGUACGCCGAGUUGGACGCGAAGCUCGAGAGGAGGAUGGUCGAGUGCCGGAGGAAUUUUCCGGCACACCGGAGUUUCAGGUCACUGGAUUCGGUAAUCAUGAAGUUCCCUCGGCUAAGAGAAGGGUUGAGAAACAUCAGAGGCGUUUUCGAAUCGUACGAUAAAGAUGGGAACGGAACGAUCGAUCUGGAAGAGCUCAAGAACUGUUUGGAGGAACUGAAUCUGAACAUGUCGGAAGAAGAAGUCGAAGAUCUGUACGGAUGGUGCGAUGUCGAUGGAAGCAAAGGAAUACAGUUCAACGAGUUCAUAGUGCUUCUCUGUCUCAUCUAUCUCCUCGCUGAACCUUCGUCCCCAUCCAAUACAACAUCUCCGGAGAUUGGGGAAAGAGGAUUAGGAGCUACUUUCGAUCCGAUAAUCGAGAUCUUCUUGUUUCUCGACAAGAACGGAGACGGGAUGCUGAACAAGCUUGACGUGAGGACUACGUGGAACGGCGCCUAUCCCCGGGAGAAAUCCCCUUCACACGUCACCAAGAUGAGAUUCGAAGAAAUGGAUUGGGGAAGAAAAGGGAAGGUGGGGUUUAGGGAGUUCAUGUUUGCAUUCAUAAGUUGGGUUGGAUUGGAUGACGAUGAUGAUGCAGAGGAGGAACCCGACAACCAGUGAUGAGUUGCUAGAUUUUCCGACCGGAGAGUUGCAUUAAAUGCUGUCUGGAUGGAGAUACGGACACGUGUCGGAAUCUUAUUUGGUUUGUUUUGGUCGUUCAUAUGAUGUAAAACCUUCUUGAUUUCAUUCGCAAAGAGAAAUAAAAGUCGUUGAUCAUAAUAAUUAGGUUAGAUAAACCAAAGUUAAUGAGAGUUAGUGCACAUAAA